CAGGCAGAGUGCAGGAAAACACCAGGGGAAACACAAUCACACGCAUAAACAAGGAGAAAUAAAACAGGACACUCACCGUCAGCCGGGCUGCCACCACAACACAAGUACUGUACAAACCUGAGCGGAUCGACGGAGGAAAUAAUCAGCAGGCUGAUCCAGAAUGAAAAGACUCAUCAGCUGCAGUCUGAAACUGAUCAGCUGAGAAGGAGCUGCAGCUCAACAUCCUGCUGCACUUUACUGAGGAGGAAGAAGAACCUGUGACAGGACAACAUUUUACUGCUUUGUGUACUUUUACUACCUUCAGGUGGAAGCAGCAGCUGAAUGCAGUAGACAGUGAGAGUCUGUAGGGGGCGCUGCCGGGCUGCCGAGGAGCCGCUGAGCCAGCAGGGAGUCCGGGGGAGGAGAGAGGAGGGAGGAGGAGGAGUAACCGGACACCGACUCACGGAGCGGCUCCUGGCCGGUCACAGCGCAUCGGAGCCCGGCGGCAGCAGCACCGAGCAGCGGCUCGACGAGCAGAGUGAGACCGAGGAGCAGCAGCUGAGGAGCGGCGGCGUGAGGCGGAGGCUCCGGUCCUCCCUGCCGGACUUUAACGCUUCUUCAGCCGCUUUAUCUGCCGCUCUGUGGGGGGAUAACGGAGUUACCGUGAAAGUGGACGAAGUACCGCCGGUACUCCUCCGCCGGCAGCCUGACAGCCGCCAGCAUGAAGAAAAACAACUCCGGGAAACGGGGCCCGCAGGACGCGGCGCAGCAUCACGUUCAGCCCGAUAAGGUCGGCUGGAUCCGGAAGUUCUGUGGGAAAGGGAUCUUCAGAGAGAUCUGGAAGAACCGGUUUGUGGUUCUGAGGGGAGAUCAGCUGUUCAUCUGUGAGAAAGAGGUGAAGGAGCUGGGUCGGGCUGACGAGGUUCUGGACCUGUCGGACUAUGAACGCUGCGAGGAGAUCAGGAAGAACAAGAGUCGCAGCAAAAAGAACCACAGCAAGUUCAGACUGCAGCGCUGCAGCACGCCGGGGAACACGGUCCCGAACCUGGUCUUCCUGGCUGUGAGUCCGGAGGAGAAAGAGUCCUGGAUCAACGUCCUGAAUGCCGCCGUCACGCGAGCCAAAAACAGGAUCCUGGAUGAGGUGAUCGUGGACGACUCGCAGCUGUCUCACCUGACUCGAGACCGAGUGAAGAUUCCUCACAACCGCCGACUGCCGACCAGAGGUCACCUGCUGGCUGUGGCCUCCACCUCCUCCUCAGACGGGAUGCUGACCCUGGAUCUGAUCCAGGAGGAGGAGGCUUUGUCUCCUCAGGGAGCCGACGGCUGCGACACCUUCAGGGUCGACGUGGACAAAUCUCACAAGUCCCACCUCGGCCAGGACUGUGCCAGGUCAAAAACUGAUGGCGAUCUCUCUGCCAGAACCGCCGAGGCUUCUGGGAAAUCCCAGAGCCUUCCACGUGAGGUGGCGGUGGUGUGGGAGCACACGGGGCCCGCCCAAACCCCCCAGGGUGGAAAACGCCUGACGACUGCAGAGAAAAACCGCUGCGCCUCGAUGGACGAGAUCCUGACGCACUCAGAUUCUAAAGCUGCGAAGAACAAGACGUUGUCCUGUUCACCAGCGUCCACGCCAAGCGGCACGAUGGCGCCAGUCAGCCAGCUGCAGGAGCUGAUCAGCCAGAAGCUGGAGAAGACGGAGCGGCUGCUGAGGGAGGUGCGGGGGGAGGCCGGGGAGCGAGGGAAGAUGAAGGGAAAGGAGUCGGCUGAAGGAGCGCGAGCUGAAGCCGAGAGACUCCUGAAGGAGGCGGUGGCGGCCUGGAGCCAGGCACAGGAAGUGCUGGAGGAGGUGAAGGAGCUGAGGGCAUUGUACCGACAACUGGACUCCUCCUCCUCCCCCAUCACCCCCUCCAACAGCACCAAACUAAACCCAGACUGCAAGAGCCCGAAGUGAGCCGCACGGUACUGAGUCGUUCUGGUAGGAACUGGUUUCGACCGCUCCAGUCCAGGUAACGCCACGACGCUGAACGCAGCGUCUGCUUCUGUUUGUCGGACUUGAGACGAAGCUGCUGGAUCAACCACUUUUAAAUUAUUUGGAAAAAUCAGGAGGGCCAGUCGGGAGGAACAAGCCCAGUCCGGCUGAAUGACUCCGUGCACAAAGUAAACAUCUUCCUCACAAAACCACAGUAGCAUAAAUUUAAUUUUAACGUCCUUAAACACUUUUCCAGGUUUUGAAAAUCCCAUAAAGUCUCUUUUUUUUUGCACAAAUAAAAACAAGGUACCUUUAAAAACAAAACUUGUCAAAGUGAACGAAAAUGUGCCAAGACGAGAGUUCAGAGACGAGGAGAAACUCUGCGGGUACUUGAUCAUGUCACUUCUGUUCACAUCCAUCACUUUGGAUCCUUUUUAUUUUGCUUUUUGAAUAAUUUAACAACACCUGUUGGAGAAGUUCUAAACAGGAUGAAGGUUUCUGCAGCUGGACAUGAAGAUGAGACAGCUGCCGAAGGAGGAUGAAUAUUGUAUGAAGGUGAAUUAAAAUAACUUUGGUGAAUACCAAUUUAGCCUAUGUUAGCAUACUAACAUGCUGAGUUUAGCAUUGUCAUAGUGAGCAAGUUAACACGCUAGCGUUAGCACCACCGUGUCUCAGUACAGAGCUGCUAGCAGGGUUUCAUUCUUCACAAGUUAUUCUGUUACUUUUCACGUGAGAGUUUUUUGCUCGAACUCAUGGUGUUUUACGUCGUAAGAAACUAGUUUGUUUGGAGCCGACUGAGACCUUAAAACCUACACAGCUGGGAAACCCAACCACUAUGCACGCAGAGCGCAGACCCUGCAGCAGGAGACUGUCUGCAGCAGGUUCACCUCCUUCUGAAUGUGAAUGUUUUCUGAAACACCAGAGGCGACGACGAAUCAACAGCCUCCAGUCGCAGCUGGAAACUCAGAGACUCAGGAAUGUUUAAGAAGAACUGGACUGAUUCUCACAAUGUUUGAGUCCAACCCUCAAAAAAACUGAAACAUCAGAUCUCAGUCUUUGACUGAGCGUCUCGACAGAUCAGGACCAGCUGCAUCAAAGCCUGAUUUAUACUACUGCGUCGAAUCUACGCCGUAGCCUGAGGCUCUAGCGUGACUUGCACCUCCCUAAAAAUGUAACUACAUGUCGAGGCGACGCACACCACAAGAACUGUGAUUGGUCGGCUUGGUAGCAUUUCUCCCAAGCCCACAAGAAAUUUGAUCCGUCUUUAACAUUUAAAAAGUCUAGAAGAGCCACACGAUUAUCAUUAAGUUAGCGAAAGGCUGAAACAGAAGUUAGCCUGCUCGGCCAGCAAAAGUCUACACAGUGGCAGAAUAACGCUACUGCCAACUAGUGUUUUGGUGGUGUAAUGGCAGAGUGAUGCAGGCACCGACACACGUCUAAAUGCGUGGCUACGUGCGUAGCUUACGCUGCGGGCUACGGCGUUGACUCGACGCAGAAGUUUAAAUCAGGCUAACAAAUCUAACAGCUCAAGAAAAAGUAAAUCUAAAACUAAAGAACAAGUCAAACUAAAACUAUGAUUAAAAGACAUAAUAUCAAAUUAGAAUAACAAAUGAUGAACAUAAGAAAAACAGCUAAUAAGCUAACAAGCACAAUAGCUGUGCAGUUAACAACUGCACGCAAGCUAACUGAUUUUAGCUGACUCAUCACAGACAAAUUCACACCUGUCGGCUGUUUUGCAGUCCUUCUCACCAUGAACCUCUGUAGCCGAUGAGCUAAUCAAGCUAAUUAGCUGGCAUUAGCUAACUUAUGCUGAGAUGUACAAGAAACAGGGAUGAUGCUUGAUACCAGCUAGCUAGGUCUGUCAAUUAAUCUGCAAGUAUUUUCCCAAUAAACUGAUGAAUCAUUUAGUUUGAAAUUAAAAUUGUGAAACCCACGGUCACAUCAACACAACAAGUUUUUGUUUUACUGAUCAUUUAACCCUGAACCCUGGAUAGCUAUAACAUUUAACUAGCUAAGAGGCGGUACCUUGUUGUUAGCAUCUGAACAUCAGGAGGUGAGACCGACUGGGAUCCAGCUGAGAGUGAAGUGAGACCAAGCUUGGGAAAAAAACACGUUGAUAAAUUAGAAGCAACAUGUUAGCUUUGUAACUAACAUCGGCUAGCAAGCUAAUUUUAGCCGACUCAUCAUGGACACAUCCAGUCUCGGUGGUUGUUUAAUAAAGCAGUUUUCAAAACCCUGAACCCAAGAAGCCGAUAAGCUAAUGUUAGCUUGCUAAUGUUAACGUAGCAUUAUGGCUAUGGUUUUAUAAAUGUAGUGAACAUGUACUAAGCUAAUGCUAAACUGUUUAGGGCAGCAACUAACAAUUAAAGGUUAAUACCUCAACGUUUUGAUUCUUAAAAUGCUUUUUAACGCAUCAUUUAACCACAAGUACUUUAAUUUGAUAAUUUCUAACAUUUAAUUCAUAUUUUUCUUCCAAAAGGUCCCGAUCAUGUUGAGACGAACGGUCAUGAAUCAUUUCACAGUGACACUGAAGAUAAAAGACAUAAAUGUUGUGUAACUUGAUGAAAUGAACUGGAAAACACGACUAAAUGUUUUAUUAGCUCUCUGAGCAGGUCACAUGACUGUUUAACUGGAAUCUAACGUUUGCACUGAAACUCAACCGCAUACAAUCAGAGUUUUACUGGGAAAAGUUUAUUUUUUUAAACAAGUUUCUGACUUUUGUAGUUUGUUAAAGCUUCCUGGAGUUUAACGGGUUCUUGUUGGUAAAUGAAGUAUAAAAAAGGUGAAGGACGUCGCAUUGAAGACGAUGUCAAGGGACAAAAAACCCUCAUCUUUAUCUGGUUUUAUUGAUUCCACCACAGAUUCAAGAACUCAAUUUGAAUUUUGGACCGAAAAUAGGUUUUUAAAGUCUGUAAACUGAGAAGUGUUUCUGUAAAUUAACAUUUUAAAGUUGAAUAACUAACAGAAUGUCCUCCUGUUUCUGCUGUUUGAAAAGUUAAAAAGUCCCUGUGGAGUUCCUGUUAGAGCAGCAGUUCUUUAAUGAUGAAGGAAACAAACCGAACAUGUUUGCUAGAAGAGAAACUCUGAAUGUAAACAGAAAUUUCACAGGAGCUUUAACGCAGCUCAAUAUUUAGUGAUGCUCGCCGUUUCUUCCUGUUCUUAUCGUUUGAUCUUCCCUGUUUGUGUGAUUAUUAAAUCUUGUUUCUGUGUCACCGAGCAGCAGCUGUAGCCUUAAACCCAGAGGGGAUGAUGGGAGAUGUAGUCCAGUAGUGAUGUAAGCUGAUGCUGAGUUGUGAUCAGUUCAUGUGCUAAAAUAAAACCUGUAAACUGAA